UUCAUCUUGUGAUCUGUGAAAGGCGAAACAAGGAUUUUUUUCGACAAGCGACAACGAACAUUGUCGAUGUCGAUUAUUUUUGUAGAAUUCAGAUCUUGCUAGAAAUUGUAAUAAUUAAUUAUUAAUUUGAGAUUAUGUUUAACCAAUGUUGAAUUGUAAAUGCGUGUGUUGAUUAUUUAAUCGGUUAUCAUCUCAAGAAGUCUCUCUAGUUCACAUUAUGGCUAUUAACGUAUAUUCCACUAAUGUCACCGUAGAAAAUCUCAGCAGGCACGAGAUGCUUGCGUGGGUCAAUAACGCUUUACAGUCGAAUUUUACUAAAAUUGAAGAAUUAUGUACCGGAGCUGCGUAUUGCCAAUUUAUGGACAUGUUAUUCCCAGGUAGCAUUGCUUUGAAAAGAGUUAAAUUUAGGACGAACUUAGAACACGAGUACAUUCAGAAUUUUAAGAUUUUACAAGCGGCAUUUAAAAAAAUGAAUGUUGAUAAAGAAAUACCUGUGGACAGAUUGAUAAAAGGUAGAUUUCAGGAUAAUUUUGAAUUUUUACAAUGGUUUAAAAAAUUUUUUGAUGUCAAUUACGACGGAAGAGAAUAUGACGCGUUAGAAGCGAGAGACGGAAUUUUAUUAGGUUCUGAAGGUAUUGUCAUGGAAGCAGGGUUUCAUGCACCCCCUGUGCCGAAACCCCCCGUCAAAAGUAUGCGACCACCAGCGACGAGACCAUCUGGCAUGGCUAGAGCAACGCCAGCAGGGCGACCGGCUGCUUCAACUACGUCAUCGUCCAUUACUAGACAUCCUCCUAAUCAACAUGCUGGUCGAGGAGAUGCUAAAACUGACGAAUUAACGCAGCAGCUAAUGGAGUUGAAAACUACUCUCGAUGGAUUAGAAAAAGAAAGAGAUUUUUAUUUUGGAAAGCUGCGGGACAUCGAAGUUCUUUGCCAAGAAGAAGAAGCUAAUCCGUGUAUACAAAAAAUUUUGGAAAUUCUUUACGCGACGGAGGAAGGAUUCGCUCCGCCCGAAGAAUUGGAAACUGGUAAUAACAAUCACGAUGCGGAAGAAUAUUAAGACCUGGUUCUGAGGAAGUUUUUACGAAACUUAAAUUAUAUGCUUCUUAACGUUGUGAUGUUCGUUUAUUUAUUACUUUUUUACCUGCAAAAAACUGUAUUAAUAUGAUAUGUUUACGUAUAUAUAUAUUUAUAGUUAUUAAAAUAUAAGAUGAAUUAAUUUUCACUACAUGUUAAAAUAAAAUAUUAUAAACCUUUAAAAUGUAACACGAUAUUUCUUAUCGUGUUACGCCAAAUUUUUCGGUGGCUGGGUUUGUAAUUAUUUGCUGAAAAUGAUGUAGUAAAAAAUUGACGUCGAUUUUUACAAUCAAAAGGCGAUAUUAAAAUGCUCAUUCAACUCCGCUCUUUCUGUUUUUAGUAUGUAAAGGAUAGAAAAAAAAAACUAGUAUUGAUGUAUUUUGUAAUUUUUAAAAAGUUGUUGAUGUAAUGUAUAUUUUUUUUAAAGUUCCGGUUCAUUACGAUGUUUGUUUAAAAUGUGAAUUAUCAAAUUAUAUUAGGCUUUGUAUUUACGGUGAUUUUUACCAAAAAUUAUUUUUUAUUCGAAUAUCAAAUUGAUGAGAAGACUUUGAACGUGUUGAAAUCAAGAAUUGAGAUUUGAAAAUGACCAGAAAAAAGAAGGAAUUUCGCAUUCGCACUUAUUGUCGUCAUGAAAUUCAUCAAAAUAACCUUCACUUAACAUAAUUAAUUUACAUAUUAAAUCAUAUUUCAUUACAGAAUAUUACUUUUAAUUCCUCUUUUUUUAUUUAAGUACAGUGAAAUGUUUGUAGUGUUGUUCAAAUAUACGGUAUUGAAUUUUUA